AUGGUGAUCUCAGCCGGAGUCCACUCGGAUCCUGCGACGACGGCGGUCGAUGGUUGGCGGCCGAGACGCUCAGAUGCAUUAGCGCAGCAACCCUUCAUCAUCCCCUCAACUUACUUAUCCCAGGCCCCUCCAGAGAUCAUGAGCUCGCCUUCGAUGUCAGUCAAGAGUAUCGUCGCUCGGCUGCUCGCUGGGUUUAGCCUCCGAAUGGAUGUCUCGUCAACAGUGGCUACCUGGCUCUCUCUCGCCGUUACGGUGGUAGGGCUGGGCUCCAUUGUCACUCAAUUCGGGACGAUCAUCGAUCAGACUGACCCCUUCCACACCCUGCGAGAUGUACAACACCUGGGCCGCUGGCGGUUCUGGCAGCCACAUGUACCAUGGUAUAGAGUCGUGAAGCCCCCUCUUGUCGGGCCUGUAAUCAACGCCAAUUUGCCAUGCGGGCUCUGUGGCAGAAAGACCGUUCAUGUCAGUCGGCGGCCACUCGCGCAGCCAACAGGUAAGGCUGCAUGGUCUAUCCUGCUCAACGUCAUCCAUCCACCUUCUACCACCCUGGAACAACUCUCCCAGACCGGCUCGUUAGUCUCUACCAAGAGCCCCGUCAAGAUUGAGCACGUCGUGACCAUCUCGGGGGAACCGCCAGUCCAGCUGCCAACCUGGGAUAGCCUCCCUCGAGGCCCUCUCACCAAGCACAAGCUAACCGCUUGCACGGUCAUCUCUCGCGCGACCCUCAUGGCUCUAUUCACCGUAACCAAUGCUCGACCAGUCUUCCGACACAGCGGCGCAUCUGGCCAUCGAGCCGCAUACGCCUCCUACUGCGGACAAUGGUACGUCGAAUGGCCCAUUGGUGACGCCGCACACGUCCACUUCGCGGCCCACGAUUCGCACACUCUGAACAAAGACGUCUACCCUCCGACCUUUGAAGUCCGUGUCGACCGCUGUCUGCGCAUGCUAGCCGGUGUCAUCGAAUGCCCCGCGUCCUCUCCACCAUUCAAAUGCGCCCUUCCCGGCCGCAAAGCAUCAGGCAGGUGGGUUCUCGAACACAUCGUGCGAGGCUUUGGCGGCGCCCACGGCAGCAGACACCUCUACAACAUGAUUGGAGGCAACGUCAAUGAAGUCGAUCUUCUAUUGAUGAAGCCCGUCACCGAGGACACUAAAGACUACGAUAUACCAGAGCUACAAUCCAAUUCCACCACUCUCUCCCUCCCCAGCACUGAAUCCAACCCCCGCCACCAAUCCACUACCACCACUACUACCCACUCCGUAACCCUACACGUCCCACCCCACGAAGCCACCAUCCUCAACACCUGCCUCGACUACCUCCCCUGGUCCUCCCUCUCAUGGUCCAUCCACCGCGGCCUCCGCGACAUCCUCCUCGCCUUCGCCAAACCUCGCAUGAACCACUACCGUGCCCAACUCGCCCAUACCCUCCGCACCACCGUCUCCACGCACGCAGACCGGCUCAUCGCCCGCGGCUGGGACCCCCAGUUCGUCCACAACGGCAGCAUGGCCGACCUAGCCGCAGGUGCCGUGCUAGCCGGGAGCGGCAAUUCCGGGGACGCAGUGCGUAUUGUAACGGAUAUAGCGGCAGUAUGGUAUGAGGGGCGGAGAAAGAUGGGUGAUGGGCCAGAUAGUAUAGUAUCACUCGAUGAGACCAUGUUCUGGAGAGUUCCUCACCAGCAAAAGGAAGAAGUAGGUGGAGAGAGGGGGGGGUUAAGUUGCAUGGCUGUUGUGGCGCUAGUCAAGUUCUUUGUUUUGGAAUGGAGUGUGGAGUUGGAUUAUCAGAUGUAUCAUGAUUUGCCGUUGGAGUUGUAUUUGGGAUGA